CGGAAUUUGCUCAUGUUAACGGUCGAAAUUUUGGCGUGAGAAGGGCAUGACCUUCACCAACCCGUUUUCACCCUCGCUUUCGAAGAUCUUGGAGAUCAAGAACCGGCUUAUACAGGGAUGCAGAGACUUCAAAGAGCUCAAACAUGUCCAUGGUCGCCUUCUUCGCUUUGGCCUCGAUCAGCACAGCUAUCUUCUCAACCUGGUCUUGCGGGCGAGCAUGGAAUCUCGAAAUCCAGACCAUGCCCGACUUGUAUUCGACCAAACCAGGGAGCCCAAUAUCUUCUUAUGGAAUACAAUGAUUCAAGGCUUCGUUUCCAACGAUUGUCUUGGUGAAGCCAUGGAAUUCUAUGGUCUUAUGCGAAAAGAGGGGCUUUUACCCAACAAUUUCACUUUACCUUUUGUGCUCAAGGCCAGUGCGAGGCUCUGCGAUCUUGACUCCGGUGUAAAGAUUCACACCAAUGUGUUGAAAGGAGGUUUUGAAAACAACGUGUUUGUCAAAACGAGUUUGCUAUGUGUGUAUGCUAAAUGUGCUUGCUUGGAUGAGGCCCAGAAGCUGUUUGAUGAGAUGACUGAAAGAAAUGUUGUUUCUUGUACUGCUAUCAUUUCUGGCUAUAUGGGUGUUGGCCGCUUUGCUGAGGCGUUGCAAGUAUUUCGAAAGAUGUUGGAGAUGAAUUUGAGGCCUGAUAGUUUUACCCUUGUUCGGGUUCUGUCAGCCUGUUCUCAAUUAGGCGAUAUAAGGACUGGAGAUUGGGUACAUAGAUGUAUAGAGGACGAUGGCAUUGCAAUGAAUGUCUUUGUUGCUACUGCCAUGGUGGAUAUGUACGCCAAGUGUGGAAACAUGGAGAAAGCCCGCUGUGUGUUUGAUGCGAUGCUUGAGAGGGAUAUAGUCACUUGGGGCGCCAUGAUUCAGGGGUAUGCAAUGAAUGGGCUUCCCAAAGAAGCUGUGGAACUCUUCUUCCAAAUGCAGAGAGAAAACGUGAAGCCUGAUUGUUUCACCAUGGUCGGGAUUCUUUCAGCUUGUGCUCGGUUAGGAGCUCUGGAAUUAGGGCAGAGAGUGAGCUGUUUGAUUGAUAAAAAGGAGUUUCUCCUUAACCCUGUUUUGGGCACUGCGUUGAUUGACAUGUAUGCCAAAUGUGGUAGCCUUGCUCAAGCCUGGCAAGUCUUUCAAGCAAUGCAGGAAAGAGACAUUGUGGUCUGGAAUGCUGUAAUCACUGGGCUUGCCCUCAAUGGCUAUGUCAAAGCUGUAUUUGCGCUUUUUGGCCAGAUGGAGAAGUCAGGAAUCCGACCUGAGGGAAACACUUUCAUUGGUCUUCUUUGUGGCUGCAGUCAUGCUGGACUAGUGGAUGAAGGUCGUUGGUAUUUUCAUAGUAUGAGUCGCAUCUAUUCCUUGACUCCUAGAAUUGAGCAUUAUGGAUGUCUUGUUGACCUUCUUGGUCGUGCAGGCUUACUUCAGGAAGCUCAUCAGUUGAUCAAAGACAUGCCAUUUGAGGCUAAUGCUGUUGUUUGGGGGGCCUUGCUUGGUGGAUGUAGGAUACAUCGAGAUACCCAUUUGGCAGAGCAUGUAUUGAAGCGGCUUAUAGAAUUGGAGCCUUGGAGCUCAGGGAAUUAUGUUUUAUUAUCUAAUAUUUACUCUACAAGUGGCAGAUGGAGUGAUGCUGCUGAGCUUAGAUUGACCAUGAAUGAGAGGGGCAUCCAAAAAACACCAGGGUGUAGUUGGAUAGAGUUCAAUGGGGUAGUCAAUGAGUUCCGUGUGGGAGACAGGUCCCACCCGUUGUCUGAUAAGAUCUAUAUGAAGCUUGUUGAGUUGUCUAAGCAGUUAAAGGAAGCUGGUUAUAUGCCCACAACAGAGUUUGUCCUCUUUGAUAUAGAAGAGGAAGAAAAGGAGCACUCCCUUGGUUUUCACAGUGAAAAGUUGGCUGUUGCAUUUGGUCUUAUCUGCACUGAGCCAAAAGACGUGAUCCGAGUUGUAAAAAAUCUUAGGGUUUGUGGAGAUUGUCAUACAGCAAUAAAGAUCAUCUCGAAGAUUACAAAUCGGGAGAUAAUUGUCCGGGAUACUAACCGAUACCAUAUUUUCAAAGAUGGCUCAUGCUCAUGUAAAGAUUUCUGGUGAGACAAAUUAUAAACUUAACCCCAGAUUGGGAACACAUAUAUAUGUUUGACUAA